AUGGUCUUUCAAUAUGGGAUCAUUACAUCCGAGUAUUAUCUGGAUGAAUCUACCCACGACCCUAGUAGAGCUGAUGUCACCAAAUUUUUGUCUUCGCCUAAGUCGUUGUUCGGUUUAAAAGAGUCAAGAACCGGUUCGUCCGAGCCAGGUUUUUUACAAGAAGCUUUCGAUCGUGCUUUCGGUCGUUAUGACUCAUGUAAGCGUGAUAAGAUCGCCUCACCAGACGUAACUGCCCAAGCGACCCCUGACGAACUUGAAGUAAAUUUCGGAAACCUCUCAGAUGAUCAUUUUGAGGAGGGGCAAGAAGAUUACGGUGUCUGGAUCGAUGACGAAUGCGAGGUGAAUUUGGAACCUAAUUGGAAUAUCGCUAAUCUGUUGCCCGAAACUGAACAAACAGCUGUUGAGAUCGAGGCUGAUCAAACGGUUAUCGAGACCAACGAAAAUGAUGAAGCCCCAUUUAGCAACUACAAAACUAAAAAGAUCAGAACUCACCUCCGGUGGAAAAACAUCAUGCCUCUUUUUGUCCAAGCAUACCUUGCCUUCUUGGAUAGCAACGGCUCGAUUCCUAGUAUGAAGGAUUGUGGUUUGGGUGACCUAAUUCAUUGUUUUUGUGCUGCUAAUAUGCAAAAAACUGCGUUGGUUGACUUGUUUUUCUGCACGGUUGCCCUAGUUGAAGCUGACAUGUUUCUUGUUUCACCCACGAAACCAAAUGGGGCAGUCCAUUUUAGUCUUUGUGAUUUGUUCGUAAAGCUCAGAAUCAAUUUUGCCGGCUCUGCAGAAAAGAUCUCUAACUUCUACAGUGAGCUUCUUCAACAAGGCGUUGCUGUUGAUAAGCAAUGUUUAUCUGCUGAAAAAUGCGCCAGCGCUAUACUUUUGUACAGCAAAAUGAUAGAGCUAGCUGAACAGGAAGUAUUUAGGGGAACAGUUUCCACAUCAUGUCCUGCUUGUCCUGAGAUUGAUUCAAACGAGAUUACCGACAAGCAGUACGUGAUGUUGGAUGGAAACUUCCGCCUUAAAGGAACAAAGUCUCUUGCGCAGGAUGCCGAGUUGGAGACAAUUGCAGGUCUCGAGGGAUAUGGAGAGCAGUGGUUGAGUGAGGAUCAAGUCAAAGAGUUUGAGAAAACCGAUGACCAGUCUGCCACAAGAAGCACCGUUAUCCCUACUGGCACCAAUGCAGAGACAUCUGUUGAGGCACCUGUUGAGGCAUCUGUGGAAGCAUCUGUGGAAGCAUCUGUGGAAGCAUCUGUCGAGGUUCCCGUUGUGCCUGCUGGUAACAACACUGUUGAAGACAUGACUGAAGACCCAGUCGUCAUGGAUCGUGAUUUCAAAGGGGUUAAAAACCAAAAUGUCGUAUCGGCCGCUUAUCCUCUAAAGUUCCCUGGUAUCGCCGGUCCUGGCCGUCUUGCGCUAUCGGUCUUCCAUACCUACGCUCACGUUAUGUACUGUCAAGUCAAAUACAACCCUAGAUAUAUUGAAAAUUUUGGUUUGACUGACGGUAAGGGCAUGGAGAGACUUUGGUCUUAUAUGGCGAAUUAUAUCACCUUGACCAAACCUAUGAACCGUGUCAUCAAGUUCAAGAUGGCAAAGACCUUGAAGGUGAAGGCUGAACGUUUAUACCUUGAAAAGGUUAAAAUGGACAAGAAGGUUGGUAAGUGGUCUCUGCGUAGAAUAAAGAAUAUCAAGGAGAAGUACGCCAAGCAUUUGACUAUGCUUAGGGACCGAGGAUGCCAUGGGAAUAUGGUGACAGACCUUAUUCCCCCUUAUGUUUUAGACUCUCAUAAAUUUCCUCUUUUGUUGAGCGUCUACAUCAGGUUUAACAACAACCAAGUAGAAGAGGUUGUUGUUGGCUCCACCGGUAUGUCUUACUUCCGCAAUCAGAUCGCUGAAAUAAACAAGUAUCUGACCAAAGUGAAAAGAAGAGCCGGUCGUUCUCAGUCACUGACUAGGGAAAGUAUGUCCCUGAUCGAGUCCCAGUGGUUAGCCUUCGUCAAGAUCAAAGAGGCAUACUGGCGCGACAUUUUACGAAGUAAUGUUCAUGCCUACUUUGAUCUUGUGGCAAGGCUUAAAAGUGGGCAUAUUGGCCAUAAAUUGGCCGGUCAGACCAUAGAAGCCAUGAAGAAACAAAAGGCACAAGUGGCCAAAGUUAUAAAAUGUUACAAUGCUGAAAACAUUGAACUCAUCGAGAGCAGAACCGAUCACCGCAAAAUUUCAAGAACGAUUUAUUAA